GCCAUUCCGAAGAUGAAAGCAAGAUGCCAAAGAAAGCAAAGCGCGUCCAGAUGUUUGCUCAGUCUGACUGCCUCACACCAAAUGAAGGUGACAUUCUUUUUGAGAAGAAAGCGAAACGGCAGAAGAAGACCGAGGGGGACAAUAUCGCAACCAAUGUGGAGACCACUGCAAGCACACAUGGCCAUCGCCUGUUCAUUGGGGGUUUGCCAUGGUCAGUGGAUGAAGCAACCCUGCAGAAGGACUGUGAGGAGUGUGGCAAGGUUUUGGAGGUGGAGAUUUGCAAGGAGAAAGGCACCGGAAGGUCGCGUGGAAUAGGCUUCAUCACUAUGAAGAGCAAGAAGGGCAUGGAAGCAGCACUCCAGUGGGAUGGAUCAGAGUAUGGGGGCCGAACCUUGAAGAUCUCUGCUGCGAGCGAGAAGGAGAGCAAGGAGAAAUCUGGCCAAGGCAAGGAUGCUAAGCGCGAAGUCUUCGUGCGAGGCUUGGCACCAUCCUUGACGGAGGACAUUCUGUGGAAAGACUUUCUGGAAUGUGGAAAGAUUGAACGGAUCAACAUGCCCAUGGAGGUGCAAAGGUUUUGCAUGGAUCACCUUCAAGUCAGCAACGGGUCGGGAUAA